GAAAACAAGGGGAGGGGGAGUACGGCGGUGGCAGCUUUCUAAAAUAAAAAUGAAAAAGAGAAAAAUUGCCAUCACAUGAUUUUGUUAAGUUGACCUAGUUUAAGGACAUCUUGCAGUAUCAUAAAACUCCAUGUAAGACGCGCUACAGUCUGGCUACAGAAUACACAUUUCAGUAAAACAACAUUGAAACCGUCGACUGUUAAGAGAAAAACUGAAUGAAGGGACAUAAUGAAGUCAUCCCAAACGACGCAUUUUGUAGGCUGGGUGUGUCUUUGGGUGCUAGUUGUUUGUACUUAUGCUCAGGAAGAAGAAUACUUUGAUCAGAGAGACCCAUACCAUAUCUAUGACUAUACUAACCACAGCUGUAGACGUGAAUGUACAAAAGAUGGACCGCCGAUGCGCUGCCAUUACUACUUCCUAUUAGAGCAUUAUACCACGAUGUCGUCCGCCUGCUAUGAUUGUCCAUUGAAUAAAAGCCACUGUGGACUCCCACAAUGUAUCCCUGGAGAUGGAACUCCUCGUGGAGUGCUGACUGUCAAUCGCAUGGUUCCAGGCCCUAAUAUAUUUGUCUGUCAAAAUGAUAUAAUAGAAGUUCUAGUUGACAACCGCAUGGAGCUUGGAGAAGGAACUAGCAUCCACUGGCAUGGCAUUCGACAAAUGGGUACACCACAUAUGGAUGGAACUAAUUUGAUUACACAAUGUCCAAUACACAGAUGGGCUACUAUGAAAUACAGAUUCCAAGCUGUUGAUACUGGCACCCAUUUUUGGCACUCACACUCAUCUAUGCAAAGAUCCGAAGGUUUAUUCGGUGGGCUUGUUAUACGAGAACCUAAAGUCCUUGACCUCCAAGGUCAUUUAUUUGACCACGACUUACCAGAGCAUUAUAUUCUUUUAUCUGACUGGACAGAAAAAAUGUCUGGAGAGGCUUAUGCACAGGAUUUUCAUAGUGGUCAAACUACAGAUGUUAAUAGUAUACUUGUGAACGGUAUGGGCAAAGCUAAAGGGCAAACAAAUAUGCCGUUUCCAGUGUUUAGCGUGAGAGCUGGCGAGAAAUACAGAUUUAGAAUAGCUUAUAAUGGGAUUUUAAACUGUCCUAUUUACGUCAAAGUUGAUGAUCACCCAAUGCUGAUGAUCUCUACUGAUGGAGAGGACUUUGAACCUUUGGAAGUUGAUGCUUUCAUGAUCUUCUCGGGAGAAAGAUAUGAUUUUGUACUGCAGGCUAAAGCAGAUAUUAAACAAACAUUCUGGAUCAGAUUUAAAGGCCACGGUCGUUGUCUUGCCACGCGAGCUUUCCAGGCAGCAAUACUGAAAUACGAGGGAACUGAAGAAGUUCAACCACCCGAAGAAGCAACAUUUAACAAUACUGUUGAAAGCGAAACUGAGAGAAUUUUAAAUGGUCGGAAAGGGUCAACUAAUACCAGCUAUCAAAUCGUAGACUUGAAUGCAUUACCUGAAAACAAUGAAGAUCACUUAUUUCAAACGUUACCUGAUAAACAGUUUUUCAUUUCUAUUGGAGCCAGUGAAAUUUUAGAUGAAAGAUUUCUGCCUCCACCUCAGCCAGUUCUUUCCACCGUAACACCUCCACCCGUCCGUCCGUUCAACCAUCAAAUGAAUUACAUCUCAUUCAGGCUUCCCCCAUCACCCCCAUUGUCUCAAUUUGAUGAAAUACCAAAGGGUCUAUUAUGUAACAAUGAUACUGUAAAAUAUGAGUGUAGCAAAGAACUAUGCAUCUGUGUACACAUGUUAAAGUAUGAUAUAGGUGACAUGGUUGAGCUAGUGUUAGUCUCCUACAAGAAUACACUCAUUCACCCAAUGCAUAUGCACGGGCACUCAUAUAAAGUGAUCACAAUGCAUCGAUUUGGUCGAGACGUUACAAUGAACGAAGUGAAAGCGCUAAACGAGAAGGGUGAAAUACCAAGAAAAACUUCACGAGCACCUAGAAAAGACACAUUGGCUGUACCAGAACAGGCAGUCACCAUUAUAAGAUUCAGGGCAGAUAACCCAGGUUUCUGGUUUUUCCACUGCCAUAUCGAAUUUCACGCGGAGCUAGGAAUGGCAUUAAUACUACAAGAAGGAAACGCCAACCAAAUGCCACCACCCCCAGAAGGUUUUCCUACUUGCCACAGCUGGAGGCCCACUGAUAAGACGUUAUCCAGUAAACAAAAGCUCGGAGCGCAGUUUAACAACACUGCACAAAUGCUAUCAUCUGACUCGGCCUUUUCCCAAUCAUUGGUGAUUGCUGUUUCUUGCAUAACGGUAGUUUGUGUCGGACUGCUGUUAAUCAUCACAUUUGAAAGACAUCAAAGAAACAAAGUAUCAUAUCAAGCCCUGCAUAUGAAAGAAAUGGAAAGUUAUCAAAGUAUCCAGUGAUAUUGCUUCAAUGUUUUUCAAAAGAAAAAUUGUAAAGAUCUUGCUGGAUGCAUCAAAUUCUACCAUUUAAAAACAAAUAUUAAAAUUUCUAACAUAUAUUUUAAAAUAUUGAUCAGAGCUAUGUGUAUAUCUAAAAUGACUGAUUAUUAUUAACAAAGUAUUUACAUUUUAAUCUGUAGAAAAGAAAAUUUCAACUAAAUAGCUAGGUCUGUAUAUUUACAACAGCGAAAUUUAGAUAAACGUUUUCUUGAGUGCAUUAAAACUUCAACAUUAGCAGCACACAUUUAUUUAAACAAGUAUUCGUUUUUUUAAUAAUUCAAGAAAUAUACUCUCUACUUGUGUUUUUUAAAUUCUUAAUCUAAAAAUUACUUUUUGAUAAAAAAAAUUGUUUAAAAUUAAAACUUAAUUUACAACAAACAUUAUAAAAUAAAUACAGCGGGAGUGAUCUCGCCUCAACUUUCUCAGACGUUGUUUGACUUCGGUGAUCGGACGAGAACCGGUCUCUUCAACGUUGUAUGGCCGUAGAUAUACAAUUACAGAAAAGUAGCAUUUUAUACUGAUGUGUACAUUAAACUAUUGACAUAAAGACACACUAAUAAAAACUAAUAUUUGUUGAUUAAAAAUAACUCGAGAAAAAUACUUUCAACUUUUAUUUUAAUUAAAAAAAAAUAAAGAAUAGAUUUUUUUUU